UCUCGUUUUUAGGGUUCUAGCGCGCAUUCUAGGGUUCUGGCAGCCGGAUAGAUUGCGGCCAGGGCGCGCACGAUGAGCUUCCGGUGGGGCGAUGCGGAGGACGACGAUUACGGCCUCGAGGAUGUGGUGCCGUCUACACAGAUCGUCGGGCCGGACGAGAAGGGAAUCAAGAUCAUCACCGAGUGGCGCAAGAACGAGGACACUGGUAAGCUCAGCAAGCUAAUCACGACGGUGAGGGUGAAGAAACAGGUGAAGAAGAUGAAUCCGGCGGUGCUACAGCGCCGGCAGCUCAGCAAAUUCGGCGAUGCCAUCGGUCAGAACGCGUCCGACAAUUUCACCGUGAUCUCCAUCGACGAGAUCACUCUCGAGAGGCCCCGGACUGACGGCCAGACGAACAAGCAGGACGAGAACGAGUUUGCGGCACUGCAGGGGGCUCCAGGGAGCAAUCCCUCGCUGGUCGUUUGCCGAGCUUGUGGGAAGAAGGGAGAUCACUGGACCUCGAGAUGUCCCUACAAGGAUUUGCUCGGCAAAAAUCUCUCCUUUGACAAGCCGGAGGACGAUGUUCCAGGACUUCCAUCGGCGGCCUCCGGAGCUCCCGGAAAGCCCACGUCGUAUGUUCCUCCCAGCCUGCGUGGAGGGGCCAAGCGCGAGGGGGAUAGCAUGCGCCACGGUUCCAGAGACGAUAGCAACUCGAUCAGAGUGACGAAUCUGUCCGAGGACACGAGAGAGCAGGACUUGCAAGAGCUCUUCCGACCUUUUGGAAACAUCUCUCGCAUCUACGUCGCCUUUGAUCGCGAGACAGGCCUCAGCCGUGGCUUCGCUUUCAUCAACUUCGUUAACAGAGACGACGCAGUUCGUGCCAUCAAGAAGCUGGACGGAUAUGGCUACGACAAUCUCAUCCUGCGCGUGGAGUGGGCGACACCCAAGGACAAGUGACAAACGAACGAGCUGUGAGUUUAUUCAUUUAUUCCAUACUUUUGUAACGCUUUCGCAUACGAAAUGGAAAGGAAUGAGUUUGUUUCGAGCUA